AUGCAACAUCAACAGAGAAAAUACGAAGGUAGAACCAGUUCCGACGUUUCACUACACCAAAUCCAGCUCUUGAAAAAGAAUUAUGUGCAGCGUUCGACUAGCAUCUCCCGAAAUGGAUACAAAACAUGCUACAAGGCUAUAAUGGCGAGGCUCUAUCAUCCCCACGAGUCCUCUAACACAUACAAAGAACAUGCUGAUUUUAUAGAAUUGAAGGGUUUCAUCAAAUAUUAUCGGAAAGUUGGACGUCCUGCUGCUGCUAGCGUGCUCCAUCAUUUUCAGCAAUUUUUACCACCUGCUGCACAUUGUGAUUGGGGCUGUUCAUGA